UAGUUGUUGAUCGUUGUCAGCGAUGGCUUCCAACCCAGGAAAGGAUCUUCGCGUCUCUGCCUCGCUUGCGCAAUUCGCCACUUCCUCACUCAUUCUGACAAUCGCCCCAUCCAAUUGUUUCGCAGCUUCUCACGUCACGUUGACGUUACCGUAGGUCGGAAUCCUGGCACUUGCAGGAGAGCUCUCUGCUCUAUUGCUGGGGAUUUUGUUGUGUUGGGUUUUGUGUGCGGAGGUGGGUCUUGGGUGGGCGGAAGCGAGGGAGAAUCGAGCAUGGAGUGGCGGGAGUCACGUAAUUGAUGGUUGUUUGUUUGUGUAAUUGUUGAAAUGAGAAGCUGGGGGAGCGUUUCUCCAUGUCUCGUGCUACUACUGCUUGGCUUGUGCUUGGUGGGAGUGGUGUUGGUGGGUGGUAAAGAGUGUAACAAUGUCCCCACGGAGCGUGUCUCGCAUACCAUUCGUGCUCGGGGGAUUGAGAAAGACGCCACUUCCUUGGGUGAGGAGGCUGUUGGUGCUGCAGACGAUGGGGCCUGGAAAGGUGGGCAGGAUUUGGGAGGUGGGGUUCUGGCGUUGCCGAAGCUGGGAGCCCUCCUCGGGUCCUGGAGGAAACUCCUGGCCUCUGAUGGAUGGAACCAAAGGAGAGAGCGUGACGAGUCCUUGCCUGUGAAUUUGAAUCGCGCGGUAGGGAAUGAAAUCGACGAUGAUGUGUUGGUGGAAUUUGACGAUUGGGGGCAGGCUUGGAGGACAAUUGCAAAGUCUCUGGUUGACGGGAAUGAUGCGAAACGAGCCGAGAUUAGCAGGACACAUGUUACAUUGCAAUCGCAAGUUGCGGACGAGAUUGUAACACGGCGAGGGAGCUCGGAAAGUGUCGUGGAUCGGACAUCCAUCCCGGGUGAUCGAAUUGUGUCACAACCAGAGCCGGCCUUUGUGGGAUUGUUGAAGGAUGUUAGCUUGCACAAGGUGAGACUGGGGGCAGACUCACCUCAGUUUAUGGCCCAGAACACAAAUCUGCAGUACCUGUUGGAACUGGAUGUAGACAAUAUGAUGUGGAGCUUUCGUAAGGUCUCCAAUUUGAAUGCUCCAGGCCAACCAUAUGGUGGCUGGGAAUCGCCAGCGUCUGAACUUCGUGGUCACUUUGUCGGUCAUUAUUUAAGUGCAUCUGCGUUGAUGUGGGCAAGUACACAUAAUGAAGUACUCCAUGAGAAGAUGAAUGCCCUUCUUGGAGCUUUAAAAGAGUGUCAAAUGAGCAUUGGGACGGGCUAUCUUUCUGCAUUCCCAUCUGAAUUCUUUGAUCGUUUCGAAGCCAUUGAGUAUGUUUGGGCGCCAUACUAUACAAUACACAAGAUCAUGGCUGGGUUGCUGGAUCAAUACCUCUUGGCUGGAUCCAAAGAUGCUCUGGACAUGGUCGUGGAAAUGGCUAAUUAUUUUUAUAAAAGGGUCAAGACAGUGAUUGAGAAGUUCACCAUAGAACGUCACUGGCGAUCUUUAAAUGAAGAGACAGGCGGUAUGAAUGAUGUCCUUUAUCGAUUAUACACUGUGACGGGUGACAACAAGCAUUUGGAACUUGCGCAUCUUUUUGAUAAGCCGUGCUUCCUUGGUCCCCUUGCCCUUCAGGCGGAUCAUCUUUCUGGUUUUCAUUCGAAUACACAUAUUCCAAUUGUUGUUGGAGCUCAGAUGCGUUAUGAGGUGACCAGCGAUCUAAUCUACAGAAGUAUAGCAGAAUAUUUUAUGGGAAUAGUAAACUCGUCCCACAGUUACGCAACGGGUGGCACUUCAGUCUCUGAAUUCUGGACGGAUUCAAUGCGCCAGGGUGAUACUCUUCACACAGAAAAUCAGGAGACUUGCACCACGUACAAUAUGCUCAAGAUUGCUAGGACCCUAUUCCGAUGGACCAAAGAUAUCAAAUACAUGGAUUACUAUGAUCGAGCACUCAUAAACGGUAUCCUUGGAACCCAAAGAGGGCAACAACCUGGAGUGAUGAUUUACAUGUUGCCUAUGGGGCCCGGUGUUUCGAAAGGGAGAAGCUAUCACGGUUGGGGGAAUAAAUUCAAUUCCUUCUGGUGCUGUUAUGGAACAGCAAUUGAGUCAUUUGCAAAACUGGGUGACUCUAUCUACUUUGAAGACGAUGGCGAGAUCCCCUCAGUGUAUGUUGCCCAGUUUGUGAGCAGUGACUUCGUAUGGGAUUCUGCUGGGCUCGUGCUCCACCAGUCACUUAAGCCCUUGAAUGCCGAACAGUCCAUUCUUGAAGUAACUUUCUCUUUUUCCCAUGCAACCAUUGUCCGUGCAUCUCAGGAUGCAGUAAUCCAUGUGCGGUUACCAUCAUGGGUGAGGGGAUGCCGUGCUCAUCUGAACGGCCAAGAGAUUGAGUCCCUUAUUCCAGGCAAAUUCUUGAGUAUUGCGCGGGCUUGGAGUUCUGAUGAUGAACUAGUGCUUUUGCUGCCCAUGAGCCUCGGAUUGGAGAAGAUUCAAGAUGACCGAGCUCAGUACUCAGCAUUGCAUGCAAUUAUGUAUGGUCCCUUUGUGAUGGCUGGACUGAGCACUGGCGAUUGGAAGCUUGGUCACAAGGAAAAUUUGACCCAGUGGGUAUAUCCUGUUCCAGCUGCUUAUCACAGCCAGUUAUCCACUUUCUCCCAAUUUCAUGUGAACGGUGAAUACAGUGGCUCCCUUUACCUGGCCUGCAACAACGGCACUGCCAUUAUGCGCUAUGCCCCAGAGGAUGGGACUGACGAGUGUGGACUUUCAACCUUCAGAGUAUCUGAUCCUUUUGGCAACUAUUCCCAGCUAUCUGCUGGGGAUGAUAAACGGCUUGUCUCGCUGGAGCUUUUUAGCCAACCGGGGAUUUUUCUGCAACACAACGGCGAGGACAAACCCAUCUCCACUGGACCCCCAAGUUGUCUUCAACACAAAACAAUGCACUCGGUAAAGAAGCGUCUACAGAUGCUUGGUGAUUGUCCGGCCAAAGGGUCUGUGUUCUUUUACCUUCCAGGCUUGACUGGAAAGAGCGGCACCGUAUCAUUUGAGGCUGUUGAUAAGCCUGGUUGCUUUCUGAGUUCGAGUUUUAGUGGAUCCUCGGUGCUAGGUGGUGUAUUUCUACGUUGCAAGACUUCAAGAAAUGACAACACCUUGAAUGCUUUUAGUACAUUUGAUGUUCAAAUGGGUGUAGCGGCAUACCAUCCUGUGAGCUUCAUUGCUGAAGGACAGCAUCGGAAUUUUCUUCUUGCUCCCCUGAAUUCUUUGCGGGAUGAAAGCUACACCAUUUACUUCGACAUGGGGUGACUGUACGAGAGUUGGCAUUGAUUACUGCAACAAAUAAUCCCGUACAUGAGGUUUGUAAGAAAGUUUGUACGGAAUUGUUUGUUGCUCUACUCGUAGUGCGUUAAAGAUGGUAACUGUGUUCGAAGAUGAUUAUUGAUGAACAGUGUUUGAAGUUUAACCAGAUACUUUUAUGGCAGUAAAGGAACAAACGUUCUCUGUGUACUCUUUUUUUUAGAUUAAAAAAAUUAUCACAACUGACGUUAUACAGGUA